AACGGCUUUUUCUUUUGCAGAUAUGAACUAAUAGUAGACAAAAACAGACUUGGGAGUAAGAAUCCUACCAAAGGGAAAGCAGAUCAGACUCAAGCAAGUGAAAACAAGUUUUACUUUGGUGGCUCACCCAUCAGUCCUCAGUAUGCUAAUUUCACUGGUUGUAUAAGCAAUGCCUACUUUACCAGGCUGAAUAGAGAUGUGGAGGUGGAGGAUUUCCAGCGAUAUUCUGAAAAGGUCCACACUUCUCUUUUUGAAUGUCCCAUUGAGUCUUCACCAUUGUUUCUCCUUCAUAAAAAGGGAAAAAAUUCCUCAAAGCCUAAAACAAGUCAGAAUAAAAAGGGAGAGAAAAGUAAAGAUGCACCUUCAUGGGAUCCUGUUGGUCUGAAAUUCCUAGAGCAGAAAGCACCAAGAGACUCUCAUUGCCACCUUUCCAACAGCCCUAGAGCAAUAGCGCACGCCUACCAAUAUGGAGGGACAGCCAACAGCCGCCAAGAGUUUGAGCACACAAAAGGAGAUUUUGGUGAAAAAGCCCAGUUUUCCAUUCGCCUGAAAACUCGUUCCUCCCAUGGGAUGAUUUUCUAUGUCUCGGAUCAAGAAGAGAAUGACUUCAUGACUCUGUUCUUAGCCCAUGGUCGUUUGGUAUUCAUGUUUAACAUUGGCCACAAGAAACUGAAGAUUAGAAGCCAGGAGAAAUACAAUGAUGGAUACUGGCACGAUGUGAUAUUUAUUCGGGAAAAGAGCAGUGGCCGAAUGAUCAUUGAUGGUCUGCGAGUCCUAGAAGAAAGUCUUCCUCCCACUGGAGCUGCCUGGAAAAUCAAGGGUCCCAUUUAUUUGGGAGGAGUGGCUCCUGGAAGGGCUGUGAAAAAUGUCCAGAUUAACUCUGUCUACAGUUUCAGUGGCUGUCUCAGCAAUCUGCAACUCAAUGGGGCCUCCAUCACCUCUGCUUCUCAGACAUUUAGUGUAACCCCUUGUUUUGAAGGUCCAAUGGAAACAGGAACGUAUUUUUCAACAGAAGGAGGAUAUGUGGUUCUAGAUGAGUCUUUCAACAUUGGCUUAAAGUUUGAAAUUGCAUUUGAAGUCCGUCCCAGAAGCAGUUCCGGAACUCUUGUCCAUGGCCACAGCGUCAAUGGGGAAUACCUAAAUAUCCACAUGAAAAAUGGGCAGGUCCUAGUGAAAGUCAACAACGGCAUUAGAGACUUUUCUACCUCAGUAACACCCAAGCAGAGUCUCUGUGAUGGUAGAUGGCACAGAAUAACAGUUAUUAGAGAUUCAAAUGUGGUUCAGUUGGAUGUAGACUCUGAAGUGAACCAUGUGGUCGGACCCCUGAAUCCAAAGCCAGUUGACCAUAGGGAGCCUGUGUUUGUUGGAGGUGUUCCAGAGUCUCUGCUGACACCACGCUUGGCUCCGGGCAAACCCUUCACAGGCUGCAUCCGCCACUUUGUGAUUGACGGGCGCCCAGUGAGCUUCAGUAAAGCAGCCUUGGUUAGUGGAGCUGUGAGCAUCAACUCCUGCCCAGCAGCCUGACCGACAAGGGCACAGCUGCCUAGCAGAGUUCCUUGGGGCACUGAAAGCAGCACAGAGCCAGCCAGGAGGAGCAGAUCUCUUCCAACCCAUGACAACUUUCAUCUAGUUGAACCAGACAUAAAUGAAUCAUCAGGGACUGGAUGCUUUGCAUUUCUCAUUUGGAUUUAAACCUGAGAUCCAAAAUGUUGCAGUGGACAACAAUCCAUUGAGUGAUAAAUUUAUAUUGAGAGCACAUGUACAUCCUGCUGGCAAAAUUACUGUUUCUGUCUCUAAUAAAAAAAAAAAAAAGGGAUUCUAAA